AUGCCCUCUCUCACAGCACUGCUGCUGGCAGGCGUGGCCUCGCCAGCCGCGGCCCUGUACACCUUCCCCGACUGCGCCAAUGGGCCCCUCUCCAACAACACGGUGUGCAACCCCAAGGCGGCGCCUGCGGCCCGCGCGGCGGCCCUCGUGAAGGCCAUGACGGUCGACGAGAAGCUUGACAACCUUCUCGACGCCAGCCCCGGCGCACCCCGAAUUGGUCUGCCGGCGUACGAGUGGUGGAGCGAGGCGCUGCAUGGCGUGGCCGGGUCGCCGGGCGUCAAGUUCAACAUCGGGACGAACAGCAGCGACUUCAGCCAUGCCACGUCGUUUGCGGGCCCCAUCACCCUGUCGGCGGCGUUUGACGACGACCUCGUGGAGCGCGUCGCGACGGUGGUGAGCACGGAAGCACGCGCGUUUGGCAACGCCGGCCGGUCGGGGCUCGACUUUUGGACGCCCAACAUCAACCCGUACAAGGACCCGCGCUGGGGCCGCGGCUCCGAAACGCCCGGCGAGGACCCGUUCCGCAUCAAAGGGUACGUGCGCGCACUCCUGCGGGGGCUGGAGGGCCCCUACGUGGGCGGCGGCAACGGAUCGGCGAACGCGCACCCGAGCGGGCCGGGCAAUCACGGCCACGGCGGAAACAGCACACGCUCCAACAUCCGCAAGAUCAUUGCCACCUGCAAGCACUACGCCGCGUACGACCUCGAGCGCUGGAACGGCACCGAGCGCUACGGCUUCAACGCCAUCGUGUCCCUGCAGGACCUGAGCGAGUACUACCUGCCGGCGUUCCAGCAGUGCGCGCGCGACUCGCGCGUCGGGUCCAUCAUGUGCUCGUACAACGCCGUCAACGGCACGCCGGCGUGUGCCAACACGUACCUGAUGACGGACAUUCUGCGCGAGCACUGGGGCUGGACCGAGGACAACAACUACGUGACGAGCGACUGCAACGCGGUGCGCGACUUUGACCACCAGCACGCGUACGACAAGAACGGCGCCGAGGCGGCGGCCGCGGCGUAUGGGGCCGGCACGGACACGGUGUGCGAGACGUGGUCGGCCACGGGGACAGACGCGCGCGGCGCGUACAACCAGUCGCUGCUGUCGGAGGCCGUGCUGGACCGCGCCCUCUCGCGGCUGUACGAGGGCCUGGUGCGCGUGGGCUACUUUGACCCGGCCGACGCGUCGCCGUACCGCGCGCUCGGCUGGAAGGACGUGGACACGCCGGCGGCGCGGGCCCUGGCGCGCCAGUCGGCCGUCGACGGGCUCGUCCUCAAGAAGAACGACGGGCUGCUGCCCCUGGCGGUCAACACCAACAAGACGGUGGCCCUGAUCGGCCACUGGGCCGACCAGACGCACACGAUGCUGGGCGGCUACAGCGGCAUACCGCCGUUCUACCACAGCCCCGCGGACGCGGCUGCGGCGCGCAACUGGUCGACGGUCGUCUUUGGCCGCGCGAACGGGGCGCCCGUCAGCGACCUGUGGCACGGCGCACCCGACUCGUGGACGCGGCCGGCGCUGGCGGCCGCGGCCAAGGCGGACAUCGUCCUGUACUUUGGCGGCACCGACCAGAGCAUUGCCGCGGAGGAGAAGGACCGCGUCGACAUCACCCUGCCGGGCGUGCAGCUCAACCUGGUCAACGCACUGGCGGCGCUGGGCAAGCCGCUGGUGGUCGUGCAGCUGGGCGACCAGACCGACGACACGCCGCUCCUCACGAACAGCAACGUCAGUGCCGUGGUGUGGGCCGGCUACCCGGGCCAGGACGGCGGCAACGCGGUGCUGGAUGUGCUGACGGGCGUGAAGGCGCCCGCGGGACGGCUGCCGGUGACGCAGUACCCAGCCAACUACACCGACGCCGUGCCCAUGACCGACAUGCGCCUGCGACCGGCGGCGGACGACGGCACGCCGCACUCGUCGAAUCCCGGCCGCACGUACCGCUGGUACGACAAGGCAGUGCUGGCGUUUGGCCACGGCCUGCACUACACCACCUUUGCGGCCAAGCUGACGACGCUGACGCCGUCGGCGGCGCGCGCGCGCAACGCGACCAUCCCGCGGCCCAUCGCCGGGAACGGCACCAGCGCGUUUCGCAUUGCCGACGUGGUCGCGCGGUGCGCGCAGCAGGGCGGCAAGGCGGCCGUGCGCCACAAGGACCUGUGCCACUUUGCCAACGUCGCCGCCAGCGUGACCAACACGGGCAACACGACGUCGGACUUUGUGGCCCUGGCGUUCUUGUCCGGCGAGUACGGGCCGGCGCCCUUCCCGCGCAAGACGCUCGCCGCCUACCGUCGCCUGCGCAACGUGGCGCCGGGCAAGACGACGACCACAGCGCUGUCGCUGUCGCUGGGCAACCUGGCGCGCACAGACGCCGCGGGCAACCUGGUGCUCUACCCGGGCAAGUACACGCUGCUGCUGGACGAGCCGACGCAGAGCACGCUGGCGUUUGAGCUGACGGGCGAUGCCGUCACGCUGGACGCGUUUCCGCAGCCAAAGUAG